GGCCCGUCGCGGCGCCCCCGGCCCGCCCGGCCGCCGACGCACCGCGGAUGCCGUCGCGCUGUCCGAAGGCCACGACGACGCGCUCGUCGUGCGGGCGCAGGACGAGGUCGAGCGGGAAGCUGAAGGUCUUCUCGGUGUCGGCGCGGGGCGCGUAGUGGUCCAGCUGGUAGAUGAGCCCGCCGGCCUUGUUCACCACGUACACGCUGAAGAUCGCCAUGGCGCCGCCCCGCCCGCCCGGAGGUGGUGCCGCGCCGUGCCCCGGAAGCCGCCUGCGAGCACGGGGCUUCCCCGCGCCCCGCGCCAGGCGCUUCCUUUCUCGGCCGACAUCUUGUGGAGCAGACCCGCUGCAGCAUGCCGCCCAAAGACGACAAGAAGAAGAAGGACGCGGGCAAGUCCGCCAAAAAGGAUAAAGACCCCGUCAAUAAGUCUGGCGGCAAAGCCAAGAAGAAGAAGUGGUCCAAGGGGAAAGUAAGAGACAAGUUGAACAACCUUGUCCUGUUUGACAAGGCCACCUAUGACAAACUGUGCAAGGAGGUGCCCAACUACAAGCUCAUCACGCCUGCAGUUGUCUCGGAAAGACUGAAGAUUCGAGGCUCCCUGGCGAGGGCUGCCCUCCAGGAGCUGCUCAGCAAAGGUUUGAUCAAACUGGUGUCCAAGCACCGAGCGCAAGUGAUCUACACCAGGAACACGAAAGGUGGAGAUGCGCCUGCUGCAGGGGAGGACGCAUAGCGAGGAGGUUCCCCACUGGCCUCGUCAGCUAUGUGUCCUAUGUAGAUGCACACAAUAAAAUUAUUGAAGUAAUUUUUCUUGCCUUUUCAA